CUGGCUAGCUCUUCCUGUUCUCAGCUUCCGUCCUCUCAGUUCCCACGGAGUAGCCCAACCUGCCAAAGCUGAGCCUCCGGGGCUCUUCCUGGCCUCAACUCAGCCCUCUGUCCCUCACCCCAAUGAGAGGGGAGCUAGGUGCCGGUCUCUAAGCUGAGAGUUGAGGGCAUUUAGCCAAUAAACAGACUGUGACCUCUGCACCUGCAAACACCUUCGCUCUCCAUGCUGAGCCAAGAUGGGGAAUGGAAAAGACGAAGAUUAUAAUUUUGUCUUCAAGGUGGUGCUGAUCGGCGAGUCAGGCGUGGGCAAGACCAAUCUGCUGUCCCGGUUCACCCGCAAUGAGUUCAGCCACGAUAGCCGCACCACCAUCGGGGUUGAGUUCUCCACCCGCACUGUAAUGCUGGGCACCGCUGCUGUCAAGGCACAGAUCUGGGACACAGCUGGCCUGGAGCGAUACAGAGCCAUCACCUCUGCGUACUACCGCGGAGCGGUAGGGGCCCUCCUGGUAUUCGACCUAACGAAGCACCAGACCUACGCCGUUGUGGAACGCUGGCUCAAGGAACUCUAUGACCACGCGGAAGCCACUAUUGUUGUCAUGCUUGUGGGGAACAAAAGUGACCUCAGCCAGGCCCGGGAGGUGCCCACUGAGGAGGCCUGCAUGUUCGCUGAAAACAAUGGUCUGCUGUUCCUGGAGACCUCAGCCCUGGACUCCACCAAUGUUGAGCUGGCCUUUGAGACUGUCCUCAAAGAGAUCUUUGCAAAGGUGUCCAAGCAGAGGCAGAACAGCACCCGGACCAAUGCCAUCACCCUGGGUAAUGCCCAAGCUGGACAAGAUUCUGGCCCUGGGGAGAAGAAGGCUUGCUGCAUUAACCUUUGACCUCAGCCAUGGUCAACCCCGUGUCCCUGCCUUCGGGUACCCCUCCACCCUGACUGCAGGGCUUCUCCCCACCCUUGAGUCCUGUUCACAAGCACUCAGGGUCAUCAUGCCCUACCACAUGUCUCUAUCAUCUGUCCACACCCCUCACAGGCUAGGGCCCUCCAAUAAAGCUGUUUUGUAUCAUGCCUGGC